CUGGAAAGGCUAUCGCCGACGUGUUUGUGUUAUUUGUUUGAGCUAAAACAACAACAAUUAUUGCCGCGGCGAAAAAUAAGUGCAAUGCUGUGGGAUUGGGUCGCCUCCUAACGACGCGGCCCACGGAGGUUUUCUUAUCGCGGUCACUGACGCGUCACAGUUGCUCUUACCUAGGCCUAGGGCCGCACACAUAAAAAUAUUUAAUUCAAAUUCAAGAUUUCAGUUCAAAACGAGGCGUCGUGCGGUGCGGUUUUACGGAUCUGAUCAGCCAAAAAAAAAAAAAAACAAAUACAUAAAACACGCAAAACCUGGCUCUCUUUCUCCCUCUCUCAAGCUCUCUCUCCAUCGCGUCUCUUAAACAUACUGUGCUCUCACUCUCACUCUCUGGAAACGCUGCUGCUGUUGCUGCUGCCCGUUCAACAACUCGCAACACGUGGGCGGGAAAACGAAGAAAGAAUUAUAAAUUCUUAAAAACGUGAUUAGUUUUUGUUCUUAUCGGCCAGAAAUAUGUCGCAUAGCGUCUUGGUCAUCGGCAGCGGCGGGCGGGAGCAUGCCAUCUGCUGGAAAUUGUCGCAGUCGACGCUGGUGAAGCAGAUCUAUGCCCUGCCUGGCAGCUUUGGCAUCCAACAGGUGGAAAAGUGCCGCAAUUUGGAUGCAAAAGUCUUGGAUCCAAAGGAUUUUGAAGCCAUUGCCAAAUGGAGCAAGAAAAAUGAAAUCUCUCUAGUGGUCGUUGGACCCGAAGAUCCCUUGGCCUUGGGUCUAGGCGAUGUGCUGCAAAAGGAGGGCAUCCCAUGCUUUGGACCCGGCAAGCAGGGGGCCCAAAUCGAGGCGGACAAGAAGUGGGCCAAGGACUUUAUGCUGCGCCAUGGAAUACCAACGGCUCGCUAUGAGAGCUUCACGGAUACGAACAAGGCCAAGGCGUUCAUCAGGAGUGCACCCUAUCAGGCUCUGGUGGUGAAGGCCGCUGGUUUGGCUGCAGGCAAGGGUGUUGUGGUGGCCGCCAAUGUGGAUGAAGCCUGCCAAGCGGUGGAUGAGAUAUUGGGAGACCUGAAAUACGGACAAGCUGGGGCCACCCUUGUCGUAGAGGAGCUUCUCGAGGGCGAGGAAAUAUCGGUUCUAGCCUUCACCGAUGGCAAGAGUGUUAGGGCCAUGUUGCCUGCCCAGGAUCACAAGCGUUUGGGCAAUGGAGAUACAGGACCAAACACCGGAGGAAUGGGCGCCUACUGUCCCUGUCCUUUGAUCAGUCAGCCCGCGUUGGAGCUGGUCCAGCGAGCCGUGCUGGAGAGAGCUGUUCAGGGUCUGAUCAAGGAGCGCAUCACCUAUCAGGGUGUUCUCUAUGCGGGACUCAUGCUGACACGCGAUGGUCCCCGCGUCCUCGAGUUCAACUGUCGCUUUGGCGAUCCCGAAACGCAGGUCAUUCUGCCGCUCCUCGAAACGGAUCUUUUCGAGGUGAUGCAGGCCUGCUGCAGCGGUCAGCUGGAUAGGCUGCCCCUCCAGUGGCGCAGCGGCGUGAGUGCUGUGGGUGUGGUCCUCGCAAGUGCUGGCUAUCCAGAGACCUCCACGAAGGGUUGCCUCAUCACUGGACUACCUGAUGUCAAUUCGCCCACUCAAUUGAUUUUCCACAGCGGUCUCUCUGUAAACAAACAAAAGGAGGCCCUCACGAAUGGCGGACGUGUGCUGAUAGCCAUUGCCUUGGAUGCCAGCCUCAAGGAGGCGGCUGCAAAGGCCACAAAACUUGCUGGAACUAUCACUUUUGCCGGCACAGGAGCUCAGUAUCGCACGGACAUUGCCCAGAAAGCAUUUAAAAUAGCCAUUGCCACGGCGCCAGGCCUCAGCUACAAAGACAGCGGCGUGGACAUUGAUGCCGGCGAUGCUUUGGUCCAACGCAUCAAGCCCUUGUCGCGUGGCACUCAAAGACCUGGGGUCCUUGGCGGUUUGGGUGGCUUUGGUGGUCUCUUUCGGCUGAAGGAUCUCAGCUACAAGGAGCCCGUAAUUGCAGAGGCCACGCAGGGUGUGGGCGCCAAGAUCCAGUUGGCCCUGCAGAAUGAAUUGUAUGAGAAUAUUGGCUACGAUCUGUUUGCCAUGUCUGCCAAUGAUCUGCUGGAACUGGGCGCCGAGCCGGUAGCUUUUCUGGAUUACAUAGCCUGUGGCAAGCUGCAUGUGCCACUGGCCGCUCAGCUCGUGAAGGGAAUGGCUGAUGGCUGUCGGGAUGCCAAGUGCGCAUUAGUAGGUGGCGAAACAGCGGAGAUGCCCUCGCUGUAUGCCCCCGGGCAGCACGACAUGGCCGGCUACUGUGUGGGCAUCGUAGAGCAGGCUCGUGUCCUGCCACGCUUUGAUCUGUACGAACCGGAGGAUCUGCUCGUGGGCCUGCCGUCCUCGGGCCUCCACUGUGCUGGCUUCAACGAGAUCCUCACCCAGUUGGCUGCUUCGAAAGUGAAUCUCAAGGAGUGCUCUCCUGUCGGCGGGGGCAAGCAUGGCCUUAGCCUGGCCCAGGUCCUGGGCACGCCCACACGCCUGUACGUGCAACAGCUGCUGCCCCAUCUGCAGGCUGGCAACCAGAUCAAAGCUGUGGCCCAUGUCACGCAUGGCCUGCUGCACGAUGUCCAGCGCUUGCUGCCCGAAGGGUUCGAGGUCACCCUCGACUUUGGUGCAGUGCCCGUCCCGGAUGUGUUUGGCUGGCUGGCGGGACAGCUGCAGCUGAGUGCCCAGACCCUGCUGGAGCGACACAACUGCGGCAUUGGCAUGGUGCUGGUUCUCCCACAGAGCAGUCUUCUGUGGCGCACAGCCCUGCCGGGGGCCAAGGUUCUGGGCGUGUUGAAUCGUCAAGCGAAAGCCUCCGGCGGUGCUCCACGCGUGAAAGUGCGAAAUUUUGUGGAGCAACUGCAGAAGUUGGCUGCACCCUUUGGGGGUUUGGGGGAAACGCAGCUGCCCGAGGAAGUCAAGGAUGUGCCCUCUUCGGGAGUGAAGGCAGCGGCACGUGAAGAAUGCUUUGAGAAUGCCGUGGGACGUCGCCUGACCCGCGUGCCCAAUCAUUACGUGGAUCCCAUACUCAUCUUGGGUACCGAUGGUGUGGGCACCAAGCUGAAGAUUGCCCAGCAGACCCAUCGGAAUGCCAGCGUGGGCAUCGAUCUGGUGGCCAUGUGCGUCAACGAUAUACUCUGCAAUGGCGCCGAACCAUUUAGCUUUUCCAGCUAUUAUGCCUGCGGCAAAUGGCAGGCGGCCUUGGCUGCGGAAGUCAACGCUGGCGUACAGGAAGGCGCCAGCCAGGCCAAUAGUAGUUUUGUGGUCUCCCAUAGUGCUGCCCUACCACUCCUGUACGAGCCACAGGUCUAUGAUCUGGCUGGCUUUGCUUUGGGCAUAGCCGAACGCUCGGGCAUCCUACCACGCCUGGAUGAGAUUCAGCCCGGAGAUGUGCUCAUUGGCUUGCCCUCAUCGGGUGUCCACAGCAACGGUUUCAGCCUCGUUCAUGCGGUGCUCAAGCGUGCCGGCUUGGGCCUCAACGAUCGGGCGCCAUUCAGCGAAAAAACACUGGGGGAGGAGCUCCUAGUGCCCACCAAGAUCUAUGUGAAGGCAUUGUCCGCGCUGCUCUCUCGACCCAAUCAUGGGAUCAAGGCGCUGGCGCACAUCACUGGCGGUGGUCUGAGCGAGAAUAUACCCCGAGUGCUGCGCAAGGAAUUGGCCGUUCGAUUGGACGCCAACAAAUACCCGCUGCCCCCAGUAUUUGCCUGGUUGGCAGCAGCAGGAAACAUCAGCUCCACAGAGCUGCAGAGGACCUACAACUGUGGCUUGGGUCUGGUGUUGGUGGUGGGAGCCACGGAAGUGGAUGGCGUGCUCCGGGAGCUCCGUUAUCCACAGCGCGCCUCUGUUGUGGGCGAAGUAGUGGCCCGAAAGGAUCCGAAGAAACCCCAGGUGGUGGUCCAGAACUUUGAGGCAUCGCUGACCAGGACCCAGAGAAUGCUAUCUCAACCACGGAAACGCGUUGCAGUGCUCAUUUCAGGAAAAGGCAGCAAUCUGCAGGCCCUCAUCGAUGCCAUCCGUGACUCGGCUCAGGGCGUGUACGCAGAGAUUGUCCUCGUCAUCAGCAACAAGGCAGGUGUCUUGGGUCUGGAGAGGGCCGCCAAGGCGGGCAUACCCUCGAUGGUCAUUUCGCACAAGGACUUCCCCAGUCGCGAGGUCUACGAUGUUGAACUAACGCGCCAUCUCAAGACAGCUCGCGUGGAAUUCAUCUGCCUGGCGGGCUUCAUGCGCAUCCUCAGUGUUCCCUUUGUACGCGAAUGGCGUGGCCGUCUCAUCAACAUUCAUCCCUCGCUGCUGCCUAAAUUUCCGGGGCUACAUGUCCAAAAGCAGGCUCUGGAGGCGGGUGAAACAGAGUCCGGGUGCACGGUUCACUAUGUGGACGAGGGCGUCGACACGGGAGCCAUAAUAGUUCAGGCCGCUGUUCCCAUACUGCCCGGGGAUGAUGAGGAGACGUUGACCCAGCGCAUCCAUUAUGCCGAACAUUGGGCUUUUCCGCGUGCCCUGGCGCUGUUGGCCAGCGGUGCCCUGCGUCGGGUGUCAGAGGUAAAGAAGGAGGCGCCGAAGGAUAUCAAGGAUAGCCAGUGAAGUGUGAAGACAUUAAAAUCUUUAGUUUUUGUAAGUUUUUGACGCCCUCCAAGGGAUUAUUUUUAUAGUGACAAACAAUUUCUCUUUUGGUUAAGACUGGAUUCCAUGUUUUUUAUAGAUAACAAACCUAUUCAAAAUA